AUGGAUGGUACAAAUCAGUUUAAACAAAAUUCAUUCCAACCAAUUGUAUCAACAUGUUUAGAUAAAAAGAAUAAAUAUAAAUUCUCAUCAUUGGCAGUUGAUUUAACAGGUGAACAUGUUGCAAUCUCAAGUGAGAGAAGUUUAUUCAUAUUGAAUUUACCAAAGGAUACACAAGAUGAUAAAAUCAGUAUUAUAGAUGAAGCAAGUAGUAGUAGUAAUAAUAUUAGUAAAGGUUUUUUAUCAUCACAUCAUUCAUCAUCAUCAUCAUCGACAACAACCACAACAUCAUCACCAACAACAACACCAUGUAUUUUUAAGAAAUUAAAAUCAAAUUCUAAAGAGAUUGAAUGUGAUUUAUUAAAAUGGAGUACAAAUAAAUCUGAAUCACAUUUAUUAGUAUCAUCAUCAUUAAAGGAUUAUUCAAUUUAUCUUUGGAAUGUUAGAGAUGAGAAAUUGAUUGUUAAAUUCUCUAAAUCACAUAUUAGACAUAUUACAUCACUCUCAUGGAAUACACAAGAGACCAAUUUAAUCGCUAGUGCAAGCUCUGAUUGUAUGGCAAAUAUUUUCGAUAUUAGAGAACGUACUCAAGGUAGUGGUGGAAUUAGUACAAACUUUAAAGCAAGAUCAAAUUUAUCUCAAAUCGCUUGGAAUCCAAAUUCAAGUACAAUGCUAGCAACUUCAAAUGCUAGUGAAUUUAAUAUUUGGGAUAUAAGAAAAUUUGGAUCACCAUUAUCAUGUGUUUCAGCACAUAUAGGUUCAAUUUCAAAUAUUGAAUGGAGUCCAAAGGAAAGAAAUCAACUAUUAACAUGUGGCCCAACUGAAAAAUGUGUAAAAGUUUGGGAUGUAACACCUCCAAGUAAUUUAUUACAUAGAUAUAAUAUAGAUUCAACUUGUAAUAUCGCUAGAUUCCUUCCAUUUGUUAAUAAUGAUAUUAUUGGUUCAAUUUCAUCAAAGGGAUCAUAUAAUGAUAUUCAAUUUAGGAAUGCAAAAUGUUCAGAGCAUCCAAUACUUUCAUUAUCAGGUGGACAUAAAGAUACUAUAUUAAAUUUUGAUUGGAGAACAACUGAAGUAGCAGGUGGUGAAAAACAACAUUAUGUAACAUCAAUUGGUAAAGAUAAUCAAUUCAAUAUGUGGAGAAUUACAAAUGAAAUGAUUGAUAUCUUUACAAAGGAAGAUGGUCCUCCAAAAUUAGUAUUACCAACUAAUAUUAGAAUUUCUCAAGAAUCACAAGAUUUAAUGAAUAAAAUGUUAUCAAAUGAAUUAGAGGAAAGUACAGAUGAAGAAGAUAUUUCAAAUUUAAAUAAAAAAUCACCAUUUAUAACUGGUAAUAAUAAUAAUAAUAAUAAUAAUAAUAAUAAUAAUAAUAAUAAUAAUAAUAAUAAUAAUAAUAAUAAUAAUAAUAAUCAUAAACCAUUAGAUUUACAUCAAGAACUUGGUAAUAUAAUUACAGAGAAAUUUGAAUAUGUUACAUUUGAAAAAUUAUCAUUAGCAGAUAGAGUUUGUAUUGCAAAUGUUGAUAAUAGAAAAUUUGUAGUGAUCAUUUUAUUCCCAUUUUUAUAUCCAUCAGCAGCACCAUCAUUUGAUAUUGUUUUUAGUGAUUCAACAAUGGCAAUUACAGAUUUUAAAGUUAAAUUAAAGAAGAAAUUGGAUAAAUUAGCAAGUCAAUUAAAGGAUAAAAAAAAACCGUAUCUUUAUCACUUGUUGGCAUUGAUUUCAUCAUUUUAUAAAUCAAAUAAAUCUCAUUUCCCAGAGAUCACCAAUCUAUUAGAUUCACCAACCAUUCAAAAGAGAAUACCAAAGAAUGUAAAUAAUCAACCAAAGAAAAUCAAUUUAAAUUCACCUUAUCAUGAAGGAACUAGUGGUACACCUGUUACAACUCAUCCACUUAGUGGUGGUACACCAUUAUCACCAAUUUCAUUAUCAUCUGCUGUACCUCCAAUAAAUAGUCCAUCUUUAUCACCAAUGAUUGGUGCUAGUAAUAAUAACAACAAUGAGAGAUUAAGAUCUCAAAGUGCUUCAACAAAUUUAGUUUCACCAUCAAUUGAUAUUUUAUUAAAUGGAAAUAAUAGUAAUUAUAAUAAUAAUAAUAAUAAUAAUAGUGGUGGAUUUACACCAAGUGGCGGUAAUAGAACGAGAUCAGGUUCAAUAGGUUGUAAAUUUGCAGAACCCCCAAAUAUUUCAAAUAAUAAUUAUAUUUAUCAACUUUAUACUGUAAAAGAAAAAGAUACACUUACUGGUAUUUCACUUCAAUUCUCAAUGCCAAGAGAUGUUUUAAUUCAAGCUAAUAGAUUAUUACAUUCUGAAAAAUUACUUAAACCUGGUACACAAUUAUGGGUUUAUAAGAAAAAGAAUCUAAAUUUAAAUGAGGAACAAAUUAUUGAACAACCACCAUCCCUUAUUACAACAUCUGCUGAUUCAAUUGAUUCAUUAGAUAUUAAUAAUAGUAGUAGUAGUGUUAGUAGUAGUAGUAUUAAUGGUAGUGGUGGUAUCGAAUGUUUAUCACCUACUAAUAAUAGUAAUAAUAGAGGAAGAGCUUUAUCAGGUGGUUCAUCCUUAAAUGUAAAUGAUUUAUUUAAACCAUCAAAAGAAGAAAUUAAAAUGGCAUUUGAUGAUGGUAAUAAUAAUAACAACAAUAAUAAUAAUAAUAAUAAUAAUAAUAAUAACAAUAAUAAUAAUAGUAAUAAUGAUAAUGAUAAUAAUAAUAAUAAUAACAAUAAUAAUAAUAAUAGUAAUAAUAAUAGUGGUAAUAGUAUAAGUAAUAAUCCAAUUACAAAUAAUAAACCACCAAUUCAUAUACCAUUCUCAGCAACAAGUAGAUUUGAAAGAAUUAGUAAAGAAAGUAUAGUUAAAGAAAAAUUAGUUUGUUUUAUGAGAAAUCAAAAAGUGGUUGGUCAUCUUACACUUACACCAUAUCAAUUAAUCUUUCAAUCAAUAAUGGAACCAGGUUUAAUAGGUAAAUCUGUUCAAUUACAUGCUGAAUAUUCACAUAUUAUUAGUUGUAAAUAUUUAUUCGAUAAAUCGGAAUGGUUAGCUCAUUUUUCAAAAGAUUGGUAUAAAGAACAACGUUAUAUUAAAGAUAAAAUUAACAAAGGUAUAAAUGGUAGCUCAGUUGGUGGCAUUGGCAAUGAUAAUAAUAGUAAAGUAAAAUCAAAGGUUAAAAGUAAAAAAGAAGAAGAGGAACAUGAUGCUUUUAUUCAAAAAGAAAUUUCAAAAUUAAAUUUAAUGGAAGAGGAAGAAGAAAUGACAGUUACAGAUGAAAUCACUGGAGCAAAUAAAAAGGUUUUAAUCUUUCCUUGUAUUUAUGCAAUCAUUCAUAAAGAUAACUCUAUUCAAACUUUAUUCUUCAGAGGUAGUGAUCCUACAAGUGUUCAUACUUGUUUCUCUUAUUUAAAACAAUUGAUUGUUGAUAGUAAAUUUUCACCUCAAACCUCAAGUCCAAAUUUAACAGGUUCUUUCAAUAGUCAACAAACAGUUAUUGCACCAUUAUCGAUUAAUAAUAAUAAUAAUAAUACUACCACUACUACUACUACUACUACUACCACCACCACCACUGUUACUACAACAGGUAUAAAACCAACAGCACCCAUUUCAAUUAAUCAUUGGAGAAAUGGUAGUCAUAAUAAUAUUAGAUCCCUUGUAUCUAGUGAUUCAUUAGCCUCCUCUUUUGAUGAGACUUUCUCAACAACACCAAAAUUAUUACAAGAUCAAACUAAAUAUCAAUUCCAAGAGAAAAUAUUAAUGACACCAGAAAUCUAUAAAAAACUUCGUCAUUAUCUUCCAAUUCGUACUCAAGGCUCAGAUAUUGAAUUACUCUUCAACACCACCAACGACGGUGUUUCUUUCAUCACUUUUUAUAAAAGAAUCAAAACAGUUGAACAAUCCAUUCUUUUGAUUCAAGAUGAGAAUGGAUACAUUUUUGGUGCAUUUUUAUCUGACCGUGUUGAACCUAGAAAAGAUGUAUUCUUUGGUAGUGGUGAAACUUUCUUAUUCAAAAUAUAUCCAGAUUUCGAUAUCUUCCGAUGGACAAAAGAGAAUGACAUGUUCAUUUAUGCAAGUCACGAUUAUAUUUCAAUUGGUGGUGGUUCAAUGUUUGGAUUAUGGAUGGAUAAUGAAUUCCUUCACGGUUAUUCAGGUCCUUCCGAAACUUUUAAUAAUACAGUACUCUCAAAGGAAAAUGAUUUCAAACCUUAUGUUGUUGAGGUUUGGGGUAUUAAUUAG